GCGAGGUGUAAAUAACGUUCACCCUCUUCAUUCUCCUUUCUCAGACCUUGACAGCGGUUACUACACUGUGAAGUUUGACUCCCUGCUCCUGAAGGAAGCGGUGGUGGAAGGGGACGGCAUCAUCCCUCCGCUCCGUAGCGAGGAGACCUCUUCCUCCUCCUCCUCCUCAGAGUCUGAAGGCGAUGAAUUGGAUCGUUCUGCCUACGCUAAAGUCAUUGACGGCAGCAUUCCGGGGAACGGGGAAGGGACGUCCGCCUGCCUUUCGUCCUUCGGCAGCUGGGAAGCCCAUACGCGCGGCAUAGGCUCCAAACUUAUGGCCCAGAUGGGUUACGAGCUGGGUAAAGGCCUGGGCAAAAACGCAGAGGGUCGGAUCGAACCAGUAUUAGCUGUUGUGCUCCCCAAGGGGAAAUCGCUGGAUCAGUGCGCGGAGAUCUUGCAGAAGAAGAGAGAGGGGAAGCUGGAUCUGUCCAAACCCCAGAAACGGAGGGCAAAAGGCAAGAACGUGGCCCGGAUCCGGCAGCAAAACCCCAAACCCCGAAACGUGUUUGACUUUUUGAACGAGAAGCUGCAGGGCCAGGAUUCUGGGGGGCCGCAGGGAGGGGCUCCCCAGCCUCUGGAAAGGAGCAGCAAGGAGAUCUACCACGCCAGCAAGAGCACCAAGAAGGCCCUGAGCGUCCGGCUCUUCCAGGCCAUGGAAA